GUUGUUCUGUAGCUGCAACAUUUUAAUUUAACCCAGCUUUUUUUUUACCAACCUGAUGGUGAUUUGGAAAGUCUCUGAAUAUGAAACUUCUUUUCAUUAUUAGUUUUGUGGCUCUCUUUCAAAGCAAUACUGGGCAGGAACGCACGUACCUGAUUACCGCACCCAAGGUACUUCGAGUUGGUGCAUCUGAGACUAUUGUGCUUCAAACAUAUGGAUAUACAGAUCCAUUAUCCAUCACAAUUAGUCUAAAAAGCUGCCCAGACAGACAAAGGGUUUUUGCUGAAGAAAAGGUUUUGCUAAAUAAAGAAAAUGGAUUUCAAGGAUCUGUGAAGCUGAUAAUUUCACCAAAAGAUUUACCUAGAAAGAAGGAUGAAAAACAAUGUGUGUACUUACAAGCAUCUUCUGCAGAAUUUACUAAAGAGGAGACGGUGCCAGUGUCUUACAAGAAUGGUUUACUCUUUAUCCAAACUGAUAAACCUGUUUACACCCCUGAUCAGUCAGUGAAAUUACGAAUUUAUUCUCUGAAUGAAGAACUCAAACCAGCCAGAAGACCUAUUAGCAUUACAUUUAAGGAUCCAGAGGAAGUAGAAGUGGACUAUAUAGAAUAUGAAGACCUCACUGGAAUAAUCUCAGUACCUGACUUCAAGAUUCCAUCUAAUCCAAAGUAUGGUAUAUGGAAAAUAGAAGCUUCAUAUAAAAAUGACUUCACAACUGCUACUUCAACACGUUUUGAGAUCAAAGAAUAUGUGUUGCCAAUCUUUCUCAUCUCGAUCAAGCCAGAAAAGCACUACAUUUCUUUUAAGGAAUUUGAAAGAUUUACAAUAACUAUAACAGCAAGCUACUUUUAUAAAAAAAUAGUAUCAGCUGCAUAUGUCUUUGUACGUUUUGGAAUUCUUGAUAAAUACAGUGGAAAGCAAAUAAUGCCAAAUGCAGCACAACGUGUCUUGAUGUUAAAUGGAGUUACAACUGUAGAGUUCAACACUAAGGCCGCAACUGAAUCAAUUGGCCGAUACAGCAUUGAAGAUCUUAAUGAAGAUUUUUUGUACAUUGGAGUGACAGUUCAUGAUUUUUCAGCUGGAAUAUCUGAAGAUGCUGAAAACACUGGAGUUAAAUUUACAGCCUCACCGUAUGUAAUUAACCUGGUGGGAACUCCACUCUUUGUAAAACCUGGGCUUCCAUAUAGCGUCAUAGUCCAAGUAAAAGACAUUUUGGGACAUCCAGCUAAAAAUGUUACAGUUGCAUUUUCUGCAAAGGCGAUUUUUGAAGGUGGUGAAAGAAUAGACUUGAAUAUACCAGAUGUGAAUAAAAGAAGGAUAACCAGAAGAGAAGAUGGAACAGUAAUGUUUACUAUUAAUCUUCCAGCUGAUCUUCAAGAAUUAGAAUUUAAGACCACUCUUGAAAGUGAACCCCCCUUCUCCAAGGAAUUCAUAGCAAAAGCUUAUCACUCACACUCCAAAAGCUACUUGUACAUUACUUGGGCAGCCACUUUCCAAACAUUCCGAGUUGGGCAAUAUCUUAGUGUGAACCUUGUUGCAAGUAGUCCAUACUUGAAUAAAAUAAAGCAUUUCCACUACCAGGUGGUAUCAAAAGGAAAAAUAGUUUUAUUUGGGACAAAGUUACGCCCAGCUGGCAACCAAGUUUUCAAUCUGAAUAUUCCCAUCACUGCAAAAAUGAUUCCUUCUGCACGCUUGAUUGCAUAUUAUGUUGUGACUGGAGAAAAUGCUGCUGAACUGGUUGUCGAUUCUAUAUGGUUUGAGGUGGAUGAGAAAUGCGUUAACAAUCAACAGAUUCAGUUAACUGCUGAUUUUGAUCUAUAUGAGCCUGGAAAUCCGAUGUCUUUAAGAAUCAAUGCUCAACCUAAUUCACUUGUUGCAUUAUCUUCCAUUGACACUGCUGUGUACGCAGUAAGAACUGGAAGCAAAAUAACAAUGAAAAAAGUACUUCUUGAUGCUGAGGAACAUGAUCUUGGAUGUGGUGCUGGAGGGGGAGAGAAUAAUGCUGAUGUAUUCAGGAAAGCUGGACUGAUGUUUAUAACCAAUGCCAAUGCUAAAACUUUGCCAGUUACUGAAGCAAAAUGUGAUGCUAUUUUGCGAACAAAGCGAAGUGUGAUGGCAAGGAGUGAAAUACGGCAGAAAAUUGCCAAAUUUACUAACCCCAUUGAACAGAAGUGCUGCAUAGAUGGAAUGAAGAGCUACCCUCUAAAGCAAUCUUGCAUUGAAAGAGCAAGUAGAAUCAAGUUACCUGAACCAUGCAGAAAUAUAUUCUUAGAAUGCUGCAAUCAUGCAGAGAAGUUGCAAUCGGAAUCUUUAGAUACUCUGACAUUGGGACGAAUGGAACUGAACAAUGCAUUUGAAUUGGAGGCACCAAAGAUCCGAAGUUAUUUUCCAGAAAGUUGGCUAUGGGAGGUCCAUGCAAUUUCAGAAAGUUCAGGUACUAAGCAGCUGUUAAAAACUUUGCCUGAUUCAUUGACUACUUGGGAAGUCCAGGGAGUUGGAAUCUCUGAGGCUGGUGUAUGUGUUGCUGAACCAAUAAAAGUCACAGUUUAUCAAGAUGUGAUUCUAAAAGCAAAAAUACCUUAUUCUGUUGUGCGAGGGGAACAAGUUCAACUGAGAGUCUCUGUGUAUAAUUAUAAGGGGGACAGAAUAAUGGUUUGUGUACAAAUGAGUACAGAAGAGGGAACAUGUUUGUUUAAAGGCUCUCAUACAAGUGCUGAAGGAAGACAGAAAACUGCUUGCCAAAAGAAAGCCUUGGAAGGUUUCUCAGCACUCCCAUUCACAUUCACUAUACUUCCCCUGAAAACAGGUGUCCACAGCAUCAAUUUCACACUGAAUACUGAAUUUUCUGUAAAUGAAGUUACAGUCCAUAAGUUGCGUGUAGUGCCUGAAGGAAUUAAGAAAGAGAAAAACUUUGCCUACGUGUUGGAUCCAGCCAAUGUCUUGGGCAAUUUGGUGAGAAGGAUUGAAAUUCCAUUGAGAACACCAUUAAAUAUUCUCCCAAAUACAGCACCAACAAAUCUGUUGACAGUGCAAGGUGACAUAAUUGGUGAAGCGAUGUCUAUAGCUUUAGAUCCUGAGGGUGUUCACAAACUAAUUGAUCUACCCCAUGGGUCUGCUGAAUCAGAGGUAAUGAAUGUUGCUCCAAUUUACUUCAUUUAUAACUACCUGGAGAAGACCAAUAACUGGAAUGUGAUGGGACCAAGCCACAUGAUGAUUCAGCUGCAAAUGAAGAAAAAAAUGAGAGAGGGUAUUACAAGUAUCAUGUCUUUCCAUAUCAAAAAUAUUCACUCGUAUAGCAUGUGGAAGGGUCAAGAGGCCAGCACAUGGUUAACAGCCUUUGUAUUAAGGGUGUUUGCACAAGUCAGUGAGUACCUUUCACUGAAUAAACAAUUAAUAUGUAAAACAGUACUUUGGCUCAUCCGUAACUGUCAAAACUCUGACGGAUCCUUUAGAGAACAUUCCAAUUAUAUUCCAAUACAAUUGCAGGGUUCAUUGAAGGAUGAAUCUAUGGAAAAAACAAUGUAUUUGACUGCAUUUACCCAGAUUGCCUUUCAAAAAGCAUUUCACAUCUGUGAAACUGAAGGAAUUAGUAGAGCCAUAUUUAAAGCUAAUGAAUACUUAUCAAACAAUGUGGAAAAUGUGAAGAGUACACUUGUAUUGGCUGUAACAGCUUAUGCACUAGCAUUGAAAGACCACCAAUCUCGCUUUUCUCAUCGAGCCUUGGAAAAACUGAAGUAUCAAGCCCUUGUAAUAGGAAAUCCCCCUACACGUUAUUGGAAAGACAAUCCCAGCAGAGGGUCUUCUUCAAACGAAGUAACUGCACAAACAGUACAAACAACAUCAUAUGUCCUUCUGGCUGUGUUGCUCUCCACUGAUAAAAAUUAUGGAAACCCUAUUGUUAAAUGGCUUACUGAACAACAGCGCUAUGGUGGAGGAUUCCUUUCAACACAAGACACUGUAACAGCCCUUGAAGCUCUCACAGAAUAUGUUAUUAAUAUGAAACGUACUAAGCUUGAUAUGUCAAUAACAGUUAACUACAAAAGGCUUGGCAAUAUACAUCGCUUGGAACUGAAUGAACAAAAGGCAUUUUCAAGACCAAUAGAGAUUGAAAAAAAUGACGAUGUAGUUGUUAUAACCCCGGGCAGGACUGGUACAGCUCUUGUUAAUAUGAGGAGGGUGUAUUAUGUCAUCGGCUCAUCCAGUGAAACUUGUCACUUCUUUCUAAAAAUAGAAGCCACAAGAACUACUUCAAUUAGAAAACCUGCAGGAAUUGAGAAAGUUUAUCGCCUGGAAGCUUGUGCAAAAUAUAAACCAAGAUCUGAAGAUGAUGUUUUGGUAUCAGACCAUUCUGUAAUGGAGAUAACAUUGAACACAGGCCUCUCGCCAGAUGAAGAAGAUUUAAAAACACUAUUAAAUGGAGUUGAUAGCCUUAUUACGGACUACAGAAUAUCAGAUAGAAGCGUAAUUCUUCAAAUGGAUUCAAUUCCAUCAGAGCGUUACUUUUGUGUUGCAUUCCAUGUCUAUGAAAUUAUGGAAGUUGGAAUGGUAACCCCAUCUACUUUCACAGUUUACAGCUAUCAUUCACCAGACAGAAGGUGCACUAUCUUUUACAAUGCAGUCGCAGACAAUAAGCUUUUAAAGCUAUGCAAUGGAGAAGAGUGCAAAUGUAUGAAAGCGGAGUGCAGUGAAAUGCAGCCUCCAAUAGAUAUAACCCUCAACGUACAUGAAAAAUAUGAAGCUGCAUGCAGUAAAAAGCCAGUUUAUGCCUACAGGGUGCAAAUUUUGUCUUCUGAGGAACAGAUUAACUUCAUCAAGUACAACGCCACUAUUCAGGAAAUAUAUAUGAAAGUUGAUGCAGUUGAAGAAAACUCAGUUAUAACUCUGAUUAAAAAAGACACUUGUUUUGAUGUUACCUUGACCCAAAGACAAACAUACUUGAUUAUGGGAAAAAAUAGCCUGAAAUUUCAUUCAUCAAGGAGAUUUAUAUAUGAAUAUCCCUUGGACUCAUCCAGCUGGAUUGAAAUGUGGCCUUCUGUGAACGAAUGUUCUGAGAAUGCAUGUGAAGAUUUCCUCCAGCAAAUGAAUGAAUUUUCAAUGGAACUCUUAAUUAAUGGAUGUUAACAGAAGAUGAGCUGGAGGCACAUUUGAAUCUAAAUUCCUUUUUCUGUUCCUUCAGUUAUCAUACUUUACUGAUUUUCUACUGAACAAGGUAGAAGUUUUUAAUAAUAAUGUUUCACGUUGUUUGGUUACAGUAAAAUAAAAUCUCCUUUAGUGAACUUUACUGGCGGAUUGUGCCAUCUUUCAAGCCACAAUUUGAUCAAAAUAGAUUUUUCAAAGAUUAAAAUCUUUAUUCAUGUUCAUAAUGUAAGCAUGAAUAUCUUUGUCAGGCACUUCUUAUGAUUGGCCUUGAAAAUUAUCUUAAUGUGUUUUCCAGAAAAGCUGUUCUGAGAAGUUAAAAUGUGAAAAUUUGUGUUGUCUAUUUGAGUGUUAAAUGACUAAAAUUGGGAUGUUUAUUACAUUGAAAGGUCUAUAAUGCCUCAUUCACUAUUAUUUCCCAUUAAAUAUGAAUGAUCAAAAUGUGUCUUUA